UCUGGUGCCGCCACAGUUGCGACUCUGUUCUGUCAGGUAAUGGAGUCCCUAACUUCAGCUUCAGUUUUCUCAUGACCGACAAACCCAGUAGCAGAAUUCAGGUCUCCGGAGGCCAGAGAAACGGAGCGGAAGUUCCUCACUCGCCAUCUUUCUUUUGGGCAACGCUCUUGUCACUGCUCUCUCUGCUGAGGGAGCUUGGAGUCGCUGGACUAUAAGAGGCUGUAGAACUGCUCCACCCUGGAGCCGCGCGUAAGGCUGCUUGAAGUCCGGAGCUCAGCCAUGGACUCUAUAUCCUUUAAGGAUGUAGCUGUGAACUUCACCGCAGAGGAGUGGGCUUUGCUAAAUUCUACCCAAAAAAGACUGUACAGAGAUGUGAUGCAGGAAACCUGCAGGAACCUGGCUGCCAUAGCAAAAAAGCAAGAAGACUGUAUCCUUGAAGAUGACUCUGAAAAUUUAUGGAAAAUUCUUCCCAUUUCAAUUCAGACUGAAUACAAACUAUGUGAGAGUCAAGAAUAUUCAGAGAAACCAGGCACAUGUAAGGAGUGUGGGAAAUUCUUUAGUUCUCCCCAAAGUUUUCUGAAACAUAUGAAGACUCACACUGAAGAGAAAACUUAUAAAUAUAAACAAACUGAAGACGGUUUUAGCAGACACAAUUUUGUUCAAGGGCAUGAAAGAAUGCAUGCUACAGAAAAGCCCUAUGUGUUAAAGCAGAGUGGGAAAGACUCUUUGACUCUUGCUGGUAUUCAACAGCACAUAAUAACACAUAAUGGAGAUGGGCCAUAUAUAUGUAAAGUAUGUGGUAAAGUCUUUCACUCUUCCAGUUCUUUCUUGACACAUAAAAGAGCUCACACUGGAGAACAGCUUUAUAUAUGUAAGCAAUGUGGCAAAACCUUCACUUAUUCUAGUGGCCUUCGCCGCCAUGAAAGGACCCAUAGUGGAGAGAAACCCUAUGAAUGCAAGCAAUUUCUGAAAGUCUUUCCUUCUUUGAGGAAGGUUGAAAGUCAUGAACAAACUCACAAUGGAAUAAAAUACAUAUGUAAUCAAUGUGGGAUAGCCCUCAGUGAGCACAGUUCCCUUCAGUGCCAUGAGACAAUUCAUAGUUUAGGGAAACCCUAUGUAUACAAGCAAUGUGGGAAGACAUUCACUUGUUCUAGUGCCUUGCGAAGACAUGAACGAAUUCAUACUGGAGUGAAACCCUAUGAAUGCAAGGUAUGCAAGAAAGCCUUCAUUGAUUGCAGUUCUCUUCAGUGCCAUGAAAGGAUUCAUAGUGGAGAGAAACCUUAUGUAUGUAAGCUGUGCGGGAAAGCAUUCAGUCGUCAAGGCUCUUUGAAAUGUCAUGAAAGAAUCCAUAGUGGAGAAAAGCCCUAUGCAUGUAAGCAGUGUGGGAAAGCCUUCAUGCAUCACAAUGCUCUUCGAUACCAUGAACAGAUUCACAGGGGAGAGAAGGCCUAUGGCUGUAAGCAAUGUGGGAAAGCCUUUGUGUUGAGCAGCGCACUGAAAAAACAUGAGCGAAUCCAUAGUGGAUUAAAACCUUGUCUAUGCAAAGUGUGUGGGAAAGCCUUCACAUUUCAUAGUUCCCUCCAUUGCCAUGAAAGGACUCACACUGGGGAGAAACCCUAUGUAUGUAAACAGUGUGGGAAAGCUUUUAUGUAUCACAGUUCUCUUCGUUGCCAUGAAAAUAUUCACACUGCAGAGAAACCCUAUGUGUGUAAGCUGUGUGGGACAGCCUUCACUUAUCACAGUUCUCUUCAACGCCAUGAAAGAAUCCACAGGGGAGAGAAACCAUAUGUAUGUAAAUUCUGUGCUAAAGCCUUCACUGAUCAUAGUUCCCUACGAUGCCAUGAAAGAAUUCACACUGGAGAGAAACCAUAUGUAUGUAAACAAUGUGGAAAAUCCUACAGUACUCAGGGUUCUCUUAGAUACCAUGAAAGGGUGCACUGUGUGUAAACUACGUUGGAAGACCUUCUCCUUUUUGAAUAAGUUUUAAUUUCAUUAACUCAAAAAAUAUGGUUGUAAGUAAGCUUUACCAUGUUCUGGUUCUCGUAAAGAAAUAGAGACACAGUAGAAACUUAUCUCUAAAUAUAGACUAAAGGAAAGCUUUAGAUCUUUUUAGCAAACAUGAGGGCAUAAUGAAUUUAACUUGUAUCAAUGUAAAGCAUAUGGAAUUAUCUCUAUUUUUCUCAGUUCAGUUCUGAGAAACCACUAUGGGAAUGAAAAGAUGUCUCAGUUUGUAUAGUCCCUGCCACAGAUGCAUGAGAUCCUGGGUUUAA